AGCAUAAUUUACCUUCAGCAGUCAUUAUUUCACUAUCGAAUCAUGCGCUUCUUUCAAACAUUCUUCGUCUUGCUUGCCGCUGGCACCCUGCCAGUGAGGGCUUCAAGUUGCCGCCCAUUCCCUUCCUCGAUGAAUGAAUUCUCUGCUGGAUUUCAACAGCCAGAUCCACCUAUCAUCAAGGCCGAGUACCAGGCCAGUUUCAUCCAGCACAAGUGGAAUCAAAACCUGUCACACAUCACGAAUGGCUACAUCUACAACUCGCCAUCCCAGAAUUAUGUUCGGGCUGAUGAAGCCUUCGAAGGUAGCCUGGCCUCGUCUUUCUUCAACUACACCAAUUCUACCAACGAUGGCCUGGUGGACAAUACUUUGACCACCUAUAACCACAACUCCACCAAGCCAACUAUAUGGCAAGGAUUCGUCAACUCGAAUUUUCCCUUGUUCCCGGAAGACAUACUAGUCACCAAUAACGCUGUUUUUGGCGGACUGGUCCGGCGACAAUUCAAUGAGGGCCUUGUGGCAACCUGGGAUAUCUUGUACCAGGGGGUUUAUCCGGUCACAGUCUACGUGAGCAACUGCAAUAUCAUGGUGGGAUACGACUACUUUUACCCUGAGUUGCGUACCAGGGUUAUCACGGAAUAUUUCAACAUCAAAGCCUAAACUGUUCUACGUUAUGGAUUCCAGUUGAGACAUUCGCGCCGAAACGUCUAGGGUGAAGGGGAUUUAACAGUUGCCCCAGCCGGGCCAGGCUCAGCCUUUUUCCCUGCUUACCAUCAAUGUGCUGCUUCUUCACAGCAUACAUAUCUACUUUUUGUAUGCGAGGUGAACUAUCUUUCUG